AGAAGUAUACUGGAACGAGAAUCCUGAAUCGUGUAUCAAAACAUUUUACAUGCAUGGAUACCAAAACGAGCAUCGAGGAAUUAAUCGAAAAAUUAACUACAAAUAUCGACGAAGAACUUAAUCAUCAACAAUUAUCAGCAUUCAAGAAAUAUUGUAAAGCUGAGCGUGAUAAUAAUGAAGUUUUUAAAUAUUUGUUUCGUUUAAUUUUUCAUCGUUUAAAACAGAAUCAUGCACAAAUUCGUUAUAGUUCUUUUCUUAUUAUCGAUUAUUUAUUUGAACGAUCACGUCUUUUCCGACUAAUUGUGUGUGAAAAUUUACCGGAAAUACUUGAACUUUGUCUGGAUGUAACUUUCACUGAUGGAAAAAUCGAUGGCACCGUUCAACCUCGAUCGAAAAAUCUCGAACAAUCAUCUGCUCAUCAUAAAUCAUUACGGCCAAAAAUUUGGGCAAAUAAAUUGCAAGCAAAGAUUUUAGAACGUUUUCAAUAUUGGCACACUGAAUUUGCUGACGAUUAUCCUACAUUAAGUCAUUAUAAUAGAUUGUUGAUUGAGAAAAAAAUUUUUCAUAAGCAACAAUCUCAAUGGCAACGAAUAAUUCCGACUGAAACUAUUGAACAAUUACGAAAAGAUUUUGCUGAGCUAGAAAACGAUGUAAAUCUGUUGAUUAUUCAAAUAGAUUCUUGUUUUGAAUUACUUAUACCAAAAAUUAAUCUUAUUGAAAAUAAAAAUUACAACAAUGGUCAGACUAAUGACAUCCAUUCCAAUAUUCGUCCCAUGCAAGGACUUUCAUUUAAUAUCAUACUUAUUUCCAAUAUAGAAAUCGUCCGUGAUGAAACAAACAGUGUUUUAAUUGAUAAUCUAAAAGAGCUUUGUAAAGAAUUGAAUAAUAUGGGGCGAAAACUUGGCCUUCUCGAAACGCAAUCUAAAUUUGUCAAUGAUGUACUUGAUGAUGAUAUUAAACAAUUACGAAUUAAAAUUGCAUCAAUACUAAGCAAAGAAAAUGAUAUUAGAAUUGUUGAACGAUCAUCAUCAUCAUCAUCGAAAGAAGACAAUAAUGAUAGUGAUGACUUGGAUGAAGAUGAUUUCGAAGAAGUCACUGAGACAGAAGAUAAAAUUUUGCUGGCCAAAAUGAAACACGAUAAAGAUGAAAAUGAACAGUCAAAGUCGUCUACAAUAAUUUCCGAUAAUCAGUGUCGAGCAUUAUUACCAUCUGGACGUCUUUGUCCACGAAGAGAUCUUUUUAAUUGUCCGUUCCAUGGAAAAAUCAUACCCCGUGAUGAGGAAGGAUUGCCAUUAGAUGAUGAAUUAAGACAAAAGGAAUUAGAGGCCAAAUUUCAACGUGAAUCUAACGAAUGGAAAGAUCCUCGUUACCUUAAGAUUCUAAGCGAACAAAUUGGUAAAGAUUUAAGAAUGAAUACUAAACGAAAACGCAAUACCAACGAAACAUUAAUUAAUCUAAAACAAUUAACUUCAACUCCUCGGCAACGUUUAAAAUCGAAAUUAAAAAUUAAAUAAAUAAAUGAUUUUUUAUAUGAA